GCUGACUCAGCUAUUCAUUAACAAUAACAAUGCUGUCUCAUCGGUCAGAUUCUCAGCCGGCGUUGUCUUCUCUCUCCUAUCACUCUCUCUUGUGACCCCGGCUUGUCGUGCUCCAUCCUGCCUUGCUCCUCGUUACCAACAUUAGCCUCUUCUCGCCGUCUUCUCUUAACAUCACCGCACAACUAACUUUCACUGUUGUUGUUCCGCCUCUCCUAUCCAACCCGCCACAUCCCCCUCCCACAACCCCCAACCCCCGACACGCAACGCACGGAAUUCAAUCCAGCUUCGCAAGAACUCCUCGGUAUCAGCCAUGUCUUACCGCGGUGGAGGAAUCACCGGCACGAACAACAUCCCGCUCGGGACGCGACGUCGAUUCGGCGGCGAUGGCCCAAGCGAGUCUUCAUCGCCCCCACCGCCAGCUGCUGCCGAUUACUCGAGGGAUGAUGCCAUGAAGCGGGGGAGGUCGCCGAUUAGAACGACAACGGAACCUGAGGGACCCAGGAAGCGCAAGAAGAAGAACCGAUGGGGAGACCAAACCGACAACAAGGCCGCCGGACUGAUGGGUCUUCCUACCGCAAUCUUCGCGACUAUGACGAGCGAGCAGUUGGAGGCCUACGCGCUGCAUCUGCGCAUCGAGGAAAUCUCGCAGAAACUUCGCAUCAACGAUGUUGUGCCCGCAGACGGUGACAGAUCGCCAUCGCCGGCUCCCCAGUACGACAACUUCGGUCGCCGUGUGAACACUCGGGAAUACCGCUAUCGGAAACGCCUCGAGGAUGAGCGCCACAAGCUGAUCGACAAGGCCAUGAAGACCAUCCCGAACUACCAUCCGCCUAGUGAUUAUCGGAGGCCGACGAAGACGCAGGAGAAGAUUUACGUGCCGGUUAAUGAUUACCCUGAGAUCAACUUUAUUGGAUUGCUCAUUGGUCCUCGUGGAAACACACUCAAGAAAAUGGAGACGGAAUCUGGCGCCAAAAUCGCCAUUCGCGGAAAGGGAUCCGUCAAGGAAGGAAAGGGUCGCUCCGAUGCUGCCCACACUUCGAACCAGGAGGAGGAUCUGCACUGUCUCAUCAUGGCGGACACGGAGGAGAAGGUUAACAAGGCGAAGAAGCUGAUCAACAACAUUAUUGAGACGGCUGCUUCUAUCCCCGAAGGCCAGAACGAACUCAAGCGCAACCAACUUAGAGAGCUCGCCGCCCUCAACGGAACGCUGAGAGAUGAUGAAAACAGCAGUUGUCAGAACUGUGGACAGAUUGGUCAUCGCAAGUACGACUGUCCCGAGCAGCGUAAUUUCACCGCCAACAUCAUCUGUCGCGUGUGUGGUAACGCCGGUCAUAUGGCUCGCGAUUGUGCGGAUCGUCAACGCGGCCAGAACUGGCGCAACGAUCGGCCCGGCGCAACCCCCGGAAGGCCUGGUGCCGCUGGACUGGGUCACGGAGAUGCUGUGGACCGAGAGUACGAGCAACUCAUGCAAGAACUUGGAGGUUCCGGUCCUGCCAUCGAGGGUCCUGGUCCUCAAGCUCGCAUCGAGGCAGGCCCAGGCCGCGACGGUGGAUAUGGCGACAACUACGGUGGUCGUGAGGGAGGCUUUGGUGGUGGUCAGGAAGAGCUUGGACCAGACGGCCGUCCUCUCAAGCCUUGGCAGCGUGGUCCCACCGGCGGUCCCGCUCCAUGGCAACGUCGCGAUGGCCCUCCCACCAAGGCCCCUACUGGACCUUCCGGUGGAUCUAAUAUCACCCCCUGGCAGCAGCCCCAAGGCGCCCCAACCGGUCCUUCAGCAGGAACAGCCGCGCCGUGGGCACAACCCGGUGGUGGUAUUCCUCCCCCACCUCCCCCGCCAGCCAGUGGUGUCCUCCCUUGGGCCGCGGCCGCCCCUGGUGCCCCCGGUGCAGCUCCCGGUGCACCUGGUAUGGGCUACAGCUCAGCCUAUGGACCCCCUCCUGGUGCUUCGUACGGCGCUCCCCCUCCGCCGCCGCCACCCGGGUCCUAUGGGCUUCCGCCUCCUCCUCCUGGCGGUGCUCCUCCUCCUCCUCCUCCUCCUCCGGGCGGUGCGCCUCCACCACCUCCGCCCAGCUCGAACGAUGCGCCACCUCCCCCACCUCCUUCGUCUGGUGGGUACUACCGGUAGACACCGAAUCACAGGCGCGCGAUUGUGUACUAACCUGCAUGUCCUUUCUUGGAUAUUGACAUUUCUUUCUUUUCUUGGUUCACUUCUGACUGACCUUUUCAUUUGAUUUCCUUUUUUUGGAUGCUACCCCGGGUAAUGUUAGGGUACGAUUGGACUGGACUGGACUUGAACAGAACUGGAUUGCUUCGAGCAAAAAAAACUUUUGAAUGAUGCUUCGAGAAGUGUGUUGGGCCGAUUUACUUCCUUUCCUGUCCUCACUGUGGAUGAUUUGGUUUUUUUGUAGUUUGUAUGAGUGUGUUGCGAAUAAAAUGGGGGAGCGUUCCCUUCCUGAUUGUAAA